UGCUCACGACAUUCAAUAUGUGUCAGACUGGGUGUGAGUGUGUGUUUGCCUGCUUUGUACGCUGUACAAUGAGCUAGACGAUCAUAACAGAUUGAAAAUUCGAUUUACCAUCUAGUAGCCACCGAGCUAUAGAUUUCCUUACCAAAAAAAGUGUUUACUGCCUUACUGCCCAAACGAGACACGUUGCUGUGUUAAGCACUUCUUGUCGCAGCGGAAUAACUAGAAGCGUGUGCGUGUGUGAUUUUCUUUCCAUUCCAUUCCAUUCGUCUAGAGGGUACGGAAAACUUAUCCAAAAACAAACAAUCCUGGUGGUGGUACGGUGGCACAGUACACACCACAUUGGACGGAAACCUAAGCGCGGCCUUCGAAAAAGUCUUGUGAAAUCAAUCGAACCGAUUGUUCUCGCAACUGGCUGAGACGAAUUAAGCAACUCGUCAUCAGCAAACCAACCCGCACAGAGUCAAUCGCGAUGGUGAAACUGUACGCCCUUAGCGUCUUCUACAAAGCACCGACCGAGGCACGGCUACUGAAAUCGGCCUACGAUUUGCAGAGCUUUUCCUUCUUCCAGCGUGGUUCGGUGCAGGAAUUCAUUAGCUUCGCCAGCAAAACGCUCGUGGAGCGAACGCAGGCCGCCACCCGACAGUCGGUAAAGCAGGAUGUGUACAUGUGCCACGUAUAUGUGCGGGCGGACAAUUUGGCUGCGGUGUUGAUAGCGGACCACGAAUAUCCGCAGCGCGUUGGCCAUACACUCCUUACCAAGGUGCUCGAUGACUUUUCGGCCAAGGUAGGUCCGGAGGUGUGGCCAGUCACGACGAACGAGGCAGCGAUACAGUUCGGGACGCUUCCGGCCACGCUGAACAAGUAUCAGGAUCCACGGGAAGCGGACGCACUUACGCGCAUGCAGGAGGAUCUGGACGAGACGAAAAUUAUACUGCGCAACACGAUAGAUGCGGUGCUGGAUCGUGGCGAAAAGUUGGACGAUCUGGUAUACAAAUCGGAGUCCCUGUCGAUACAGAGCAAAGCAUUUUACAAGACGGCGAAGAAAACGAACUCGUGCUGCAACUUUGCCUAGGCUAGCUGUGGCACUAAGACACGCAGCCUCAUAUACGCGCAUCCUACGGCGCCGCAAAAAGGGCCAUCGUGAUGAAACCCACCUGCAUGUGUGUAUGUGUGUGUGCACGUCCUAGCACCAGAACGGUCACGAAACGGCCAGAAAUGUAACCGUAUUUUCCAUACAUUUUUGUUUCGCAAAAGCUAGUUUUUAUGCUAGCACAUUAAUCUAAAUGUUCUUAUCUACUUUAUGACACUAUACGAUACGGAGGAAUCGUUUUACGACCGAAACGGUGCUGUUGUAGAAUCACUCAUAUAAUCGUUAAGGAUUUCGUUACAAAUCCACUUGCUAAAGUGUUGCUUCGCUCAACUGUAAGAAAAGUUUUGCAACUAUCAAGUCAGUAGGAAUGCAACGAAGCACAGCAUAACAGCACUGAAAUGUAGAUGCCAUGGCAUGCGGUACGAAUGCGGUGGAUACGGGUGAUUGGUAUUACUUUAAAGUCGAUUACUGAUCGAUGCAAACCAUAACUAAAAACCAAAACGCAAUUCAUAAAAGCUCUAUUCAUCGAUGAGUUCGCACGCAUAUGGAUAGAGCGUGCUUCUGAGCAUCAUUAUUAUGAUUUUUUGUCGAAGAAUAUUUGUUAGCCUGCCUAAUACAGAACGCACGUUUGUGUGAAUAAUGGCAAUAACUUAGUGGAGCAUUGGCAUUGCAUGGGCCGUUAGGAAAAUAUGUGUGCAACCGGUGCAGACUGUUUUAAAACAAUGGAUCAAAGCGAGAAAUUCCCCCACUACGUUAAUAAUCAAUGUUGGUAAGGUGUAGUGCUGUUAUUAUACCUAUAACAUGUAUGGAAGAAAAUAUAAAUAUUCAAUAUUGGUGAAAACAUGAUGUAAAAGCGUAAAUAAAACCUUUAUCUCCCGCACGGGAUGAUCAUGUGAA